GGAAAAGAGGAUGGCGCUGCCCGGGGACCCCGCUGCGGCGCCGGCGUUGCGGCGCUUCACCUGGGAGGAGAUCGGGGAGCGGAACGGCCGCGGGCCGGGGCCGAAGGAGCGAUGGCUGGUGAUCGAGAGGAAGGUGUACGACAUCAGCCGCUUCUGCUGGAGGCACCCGGGAGGGGCCCGUCUCAUCUGUAGCCACGCCGGGCAGGACGCCACGGAUGCCUUUGUAGCCUUCCAUGUUGACAAGGCGCUGGUGAGCAAGCACUUGAAGCCACUGCAGAUCGGGGAGCUGGCCCCAGAUCAACCCAGUAUUGAGCCCACUAAGAAUGAAAUGCUGGUGAAAGACUUCCGUGAAUUGCGUGCUACUGUUGAGAAAAUGGGACUUCUGGAGCCAAAUCAACUCUUCUUCUUCCUGCUCCUCACUCACAUCCUCCUGUUGGAUACCGCUGCUUGGCUCAUCCUCUUCUACUUUGGAACAUCCUUCAUGCCCUUUGUUGGCUCUCUGGUGGUACUGACCAUUUCCCAGGUCCAGGCUUCAUGGUUGCAACAUGAUUUAGGACAUCUUUCAGUAUUCAGGGCAACCAAGUGGAACCACUUGCUGCAUAAGUUUGUGAUGUGCCACUUAAUCGGGGCAUCAGCCAAAUGGUGGACUCUCCUGCACUCCCAGCACCAUGCCAAACCCAACUGCUUCCAGAAAGACCCUGAUAUUGAUAUGCACCCUUUCCUGUUUACUUUGGGGAAGAAGUUAUCUGUGGAGCUUGGGAUCAAAAAGAAAAAAUACAUGCCAUACAAUCACCAACACAAAUACUUCUUCAUCACUCUGCCUCCACUCCUGUUUCCCACCUACUUCCACUACCACACGUUUUACAUCGCAUACACAAAAAGGUACUGGGUGGACUUGGCCUGGAUGAUGACUUUCUACAUCAGAUUCUUUUUUAUUUAUGGAUCAUUACUAGAAAUAAAGAGUCUUGUGGCAUAUUAUUUUAUAUUCAGGAUGAUGGAGAGCAGCUGGUUUGUCUGGGUUUCACAGAUGAACCAUAUCCCUAUGGAUAUUUACUAUGACAAGAAUUUGGACUGGAUGUCUACUCAGCUCCAGGCCACAUGCAAUGUUGAGCAGUCCCUAUUCAAUGACUGGUUUACUGGGCAUCUGAACUUCCAGAUUGAACAUCACCUGUUUCCUACAAUGCCAAGACACAACUACUGGAAGGUGGCUCCUCUGGUGAAGUCCUUGUGUGCCAAACAUGGCAUCGAGUACCAAUGCAAGCCAUUGCUCACAGCUUUUGCAGACAUCGUCCACUCCCUGAAGAGCUCAGGAGAUCUCUGGCUUGAUGCCUACCUACACAAAUAAGAAGAUGAUGGUGUCCACUUGGUGAUGGUACCAUUCACAGCCUGCCACUUCAUUGCAUUCCCAGCAAGCUGAGGACCAGGGACUACAAGGGACUCUAUGGCAGAAAAAGAUGGAUAAGAACUGAAGGAUAUGAUUCCAAUAGAUAAGAAGUUAAUUGAAUUUUGCUUCUGGUUUUGCCUGGUGUUUUGGUUCAGAUAUGUUAGGAGCGCCUUUUAGAUAUUUCUAGGUGAUGCCUGGACAAACCCAAAGCACUAACAAAGCAAUGGUGCACAUCAUAGGGCCCUCAUAGACCACUGCAGGUCAAUUAGCUGUAGGGUUAGUAUUGAGACAAGGAUUAGAAUAACAGCUAAAUUUAGAGUAAGGUUUCAGAGUUAGUGUGAGGCACUGGCUAAGCCAGAAUCUGGGUCCAAAGCAGAUGCACAUUGACUAGGGCUCCCACAUAGCAGUGGCCAGGAAGAUAUAAAACAUCAGCUUACCCAAAGAGCUUUUGAAGCAGAUCCAACAGCAGCUGGAUUGCUGAGGCUUUCGUGCUUCCUGGUGUGAUCCAGGGAACACCCACACUGUGAUGGAGGAGGAAGGAGGAGCACUCUCACUGCCAGCUAGGGAACAUUUUGCUCAUAGGUGUAUGAGUUGUGGGUUGUAAAGUUAUGAAAUCUUAUGACCAGUGUGGUGAAUAAGUGGAUUCACAUGCUAGAGCAGUCUAGGCAACAGGGGACUGAGCCCCUGUUUGCCAUGGGGUUUUGUCAUGUUUCUUAAUGAACUCAUGAAAUAAAGUUUAAAUCACAGA